CGCGAAAACACACAGUCAAGCAAGAUGGCAGGACGAAGGACAGCAACGUGGAGACGCGUUGGCAGCGGGGAUAGCGGUGUUGAUCGAGUGUUGGGAAGCAGGGCUGUCGGAGAAGGGCCCAGGGAAGGAGAAGAGAGGGUGGAGGGGGAGGAGGAGGAGGAGCACGAGCCAUGGCCAGCCUGGAGUGCCCCCGUCGCCAUCGUCGUGCUUUCUCUGAGCCUCACCCUCUUCGGCAUCAGCCUCUGGGACGUGCUGAGCACGCUGGUCAUCAUCUUGACAGCCAUCUUAUCUCUCUACCUGCCACGAUCACUGCUCGUUGCCGCUUCGGUACGAGGACGGGAGUUUGCGGACGCGGAGCCCAGAUCCAUCAAGGGGAAGUUGCGGUGGAAGCGUGGCGUUGCAACUGCGUUGCUGAUGGUUGCGCCUGUCCUGCAGUACCUGGCCAUCACUUACAUCAACACCCUCUCCGAUGGGGAGAAGGCGGCUGUGUCAUCCUGGCGCGUGUUGAAUCCGGGUUUUGUCGCCAUCUGCUCGGCGCUGUAUACCCUCACCAUCCUCACUCAAGACCACAUCGAGGAAUGCCACCAACUCCAAGCCAGGUGGGAGAAGAGCGAGCGCCUUGGCCGCCGCAUUGCUGCCAUCGACGCGCGCGUGCUCGAGCUCCAGCGUCGACUGGACGGUUACAAGCACGUCCUACAGACAUCUGUUCACACGGUUUCACGGCUGCAAACGGGAGAAGACGAUACCGAGAUUCGCCUUGAGGAUCUUGCUGCGCAUAUGGCGCGGCUGGACGAACGAUUACAGCAGUGCGAGCGCGACCGCCGGCGGUUCGAUCUCGUCCGCACAGACCACCUGCUGCGGUCCUGGGCCCCACCAUCCGCAGCAUCAUCUGCCCCGCCCGCAUCGAGUCAUCAGCGCAUGACUACGACGGCACUUGCCAAGGCGUUUGCACGCAGUCUGAUGGUGGUGGAGUGGCCGUGGUCGAAGGCAGCACGCCUGAUGCGCUUCGCUGCCACUGCCGUCUCGGGUGGCGCAGGAGCUCACACAUCGACAUCGCCGCUCACACCGGCGCCAUCGUCGUCGCCAACAGUGCGCUCGCCAAACGACGGUCGCAGCAGGCACGAGGAGUCGAUGAUACCGCCACCACUUGGCGACCCGCUGUUGCCGGGGACGUCGACGCCUGCGCGGGCAUCACCAGGUGGAGGUGUACGGCGGCAGAGCAGCGGAUCAUCUGUUGGGUCAGCAGCGCAUGUGUCCAGCGCUGGUGUUGGCAGCAGUCGUCAGAGCAGUGUGCGGGCUCGCUUGAACAGCACGGAUGUGUGAAGCGACACAGACUCAGAAAUGAGAGCGGGGACCGAACUCAUCUAUGCUUGGAUGAUACAUAUGGCAAUGAACGCAGGGGAUGUGCUGCCCGAUCUGCACUUUGAUGAUGAUGAUGAUGAUGAUGAUGA